UCCACGAACACAUUCAUUUAACGGCAUGAUGGGUUGCAAGAACUUCUGCUUUGACUUUCUGAGCUCCUUGAAGUACCUAUGUGACUGCGACGUUCGUUUUAAAAAUGAACUUUCAUACUUUUUGCAAGUUGAGAGCUGGUCUUCUGAUGACAAGCAGCUAUUAUUGCAGAAGUUGGCUGAGGUGUUUCUAAUCCAGGAUUUGACUCCCUUUCUGGUAAAACGCUGCAAACCAAUACUGCUGGAAAUUCUUGAACGUUGUGCUAAAAACCUUCAGCAAGAAUCUUAUAGGAAUGGUUCUCACGUAGAAAGAUUUUGUUACACUCUUAGUGAGCUGUUAACACUGUCUCAUUUGAAAGACUUCGUUUACAGAUUUAUUAAAACCUGCAGUUUGUUUUCAAUAAUUUCGGAUGAGGAGCAGGUUAACGAGCAAGAAAUAGAGAGAAUUUUAUGUGUAUUGAAGACUUGCUACAAUCUACUUAGUUAUGAUUUUGAAACAUUUCACAGAAUCUGGGAAUGGAGUCCUAUUUUUAAAUUUCUGCAACAUAGUCAUCCUGGAGUGAGAUGGUACGCUUUACAUAUUAUUUCAAUUUUAACAGGUAUAUCAGAACAAAUUAAGAUUGGUCUGCUGGAUAAACUUUUUACAAUUUCAGAGAGAACCUCAUUUUUAACACAAGAGUUUACACGUAAGUUGCUUAGUCAUGUAAGAGAUUGUAGAGAUAUAAAUGAUCAUCAGAAAUUAACUUCAGAUUCUAUGGAUGUCAGUGGUGAUAACAUCAAUGGAGCAUCUAUCAAUAAGGAAGAUUUGAUUGGCCAAUAUACAACCCUUUGUGGGGUUAUACUGCCAUGCCUACCUGGAACAUUGAAUCUUGUGGACCAUUCAUUUGUCAUGGUACCAUCAACAGUAUAUAAUCUUCAUCUACUAGUACUAUCGGUAGCCACAGGAAAUGGUGUAUUAUUAGAAGGACCUAUAGGCUGUGGGAAAACAGCCCUGGUUGAAUUUGUGGCCAGAGCAACAGGGAGAACACGCCCACCAGAAUUUAUGAAGAUUCAACUUGGAGAUCAGACAGACAGCAAGUCUUUGUUAGGUACAUAUGUGUGCACAGACACACCAGGAGAAUUUGUAUGGCAGGCUGGGCCACUGCUACAGGCUGUACAAGCUGGGUAUUGGAUUCUCUUGGAGGAUAUUGACCUGGCUCCUAUGGAUGUGAUCUCAGUGUUAAUACCAUUGCUGGAAUCUCGUACACUGUCCGUGCCAGCACAUGGUAAUGUUGUGAAGGCAUCACCAGGGUUUCAGCUAUUUGCCACUCAGAGGUCAUACAGUGGUCAUUGUGGAUUCAGUUAUCAUGUUGCUAGUGCUAAUUCUGCUAUCUUGGAAAAGCUAUGGUCAAGAGUUCAGAUUGAACCCUUUUCCAAGGAAGAACUUACAGAGGUGGUUGUCCAGAAGUACCCAGACCUUGAAAAUAUUGCAACAAAGCUGGUGGAUAUCUACUGCAUGUUAUCUGCAGAUCCACACCUUGUUUCCAGUGAAGACACAGCAAAGUGCUCCCUUCCUUAUGAUAAGCGGCAAAGCUCUAGUAGAGAUUUAAUGAAGUGGUGUAGUAGAAUAGCUGUAACAGCUUGUGGUGCACCUACGUUGCUUGAUUCGAAAGAGGUUUUCCUUGAAGCUCAUGACUGUUUCAGUGCUCCUUUACCAAAAACUUAUGAUCAAAAUUUGAUUGAUUUAGCAGUUGGUGCCAAGUUAGGCUUGACCAAAGAAAAGAUUGAAUUUUUCUUCAUGAAUUACAAACCAAAUGUUCAUACCUCUCCACUGUCAAUGACAGUUGGUAGGGUCACACUGAAAAAGAAAGUUCAUGAAAGCCUGGCAAUUUCUUUUGGUCAAAAUAACCUUUCAAAAUUUGCUCAUACAAGACAUUCUUUAGUGUUGCUUGAGAAAGUUGCAGCUUGUAUCAGAAACAGUGAACCUGUUUUACUGGUUGGGGAGACAGGAACUGGGAAAACAUCAACAGUACAGUACUUGGCAACACAGUGUGCAGUUAGUUUAAAAGUUGUAAAUAUGAGCCAGCAAAGUGACAGCUCAGAUCUACUUGGUGGUUACAAACCUGUGGAGAUGAAACAGAUUGUGGCUCCCGUGAGGGAAAAGUUUGAAAUGUUGUUUUGCAAGACGUUCUCAAGGAAACAAAAUGUGAAGUUCUUGAGUCAUGUUCAGAGAUGCUUUGCUCAACAACAGUGGGAGAUCUUGUUUAAAUUAAUGAUUCAUAGUCAAAAAAAUGCCACAGAAAGAGUAAAGAAAGAUAAACAAAUGGAGAAGCUUUUGGUUGAGUGGCAAGGUCUGAUUCAGGACAUCCAGCAGUUACAAAAACAGCAGAAAAAUGCAGAGAGUGCAUUGGCGUUUAGAUUUGUGGAAGGAACACUUGUGCAGGCUUUACAAAAUGGUGACUGGGUUUUACUGGAUGAGAUCAAUUUGGCCACACCUGAGACACUGGAAUGUCUUUGUGGUUUGUUGGAGAGUUCAUCUGGAUCAGUGGUGCUAAUGGAAAGAGGGGAUGUUACUCCUACUGUGAGACAUGAAGACUUUCGCCUGUUUGCCUGCAUGAAUCCAGCUACUGAUGUGGGGAAGAAAGAUCUGCCUCCAGGAAUUAGGAACAGGUUCACAGAAAUCUUUGUCAGAGAAUUAGAGAGUACAGCAGACCUGAAAACCCUGGUUGUGGAUUACUUGCAAGGAUUGUCACCCAAUUCAGCCAUUGUGGAUGGAAUUGUUAGAUUUUACCUCACAGUCAAGCAUGAAGCAGAAGACAAGCUGACUGAUGGCACAGGACACAAGCCUCAUUACAGUUUGCGAACUCUGUGCCGUGCUUUAAGAUAUGCAGCUAUAAAUCCCCAUCAGAAUGUUCUGAGGUCUAUUUAUGAGGGAUUUUGUUUGAGUUUUUUGACACAAUUGGAUCGUUCAUCACACCCCUCUGUCCAGUCUCUCAUUAAGCAUCACAUCCUGGGCCAUGUUAAUGCUGCCAGUAUGUUAAAGCAGCCCUUGCCUAAGCCACAAGAUUCUGGACACUACUGUAAUUUUGAAGGAUUUUGGAUUGCUUUGGGAAGCAAAGAACCUGUGAUGUCAAAUGAGUAUGUCUUAACAGCUUCAGUGAAGGCUAACUUGAAGGAUCUUGCUAGGGUUGUAUCUGCCAGGAAGCUUCCAGUUUUAAUUCAGGGAGAAACCUCAGUGGGUAAAACCAGUUUGAUUCAGUGGCUGGCUAAGGCAUCUGGGAACCAUUGUGUUAGAAUAAAUAAUCAUGAACACACUGAUAUCCAAGAAUAUCUUGGUUGUUACACUUCAGAUGAGAAUGGCAAAUUGGUUUUUAAAGAAGGUGUUUUAGUUGAUGCCAUGAGAAAGGGCCACUGGAUCAUUUUGGAUGAGCUCAAUCUAGCCCCUUCAGAUGUCUUAGAGGCCCUUAAUAGGCUGUUAGAUGAUAACAGAGAGCUGUUUAUUCCAGAAACACAAGAAACAGUUGUAGCUCAUCCAAUGUUUAUGCUCUUUGCUACACAAAAUCCUCCUGGACAUUAUGGUGGAAGAAAGGUGUUAUCAAGAGCUUUUCGAAAUCGCUUUGUAGAACUUCAUUUUGAUGAGCUUCCCAGCCAGGAACUUGAGGUUAUUCUUCACCAGCGCUGUAGAUUACCACUGUCUUAUGCUAAGAAACUGGUGGCAAUAAUGCUUGCCUUACAAGCACGGCGUAGGAGUACCAAUGUAUUUGCUGGUAAACAGGGCUUUAUCACCUUACGAGAUUUGUUUCGCUGGGCAGAGAGGUACAGCAAGACUCCUGAUGUAGAAGGAAGUGGCUUUUAUGACUGGGAUCAGCACAUUGCAGAGGAUGGUUACAUGCUGCUCGCCGGUCGAUGCAGAAAUCCCUCAGAGUGCAAAGUCAUCCAGGAAGUUAUUGAAAAGCAAAUGAAGCGAAGUUUUGAUCCAGAUUCUUUGUUUGGGUAUCCUUCUUUGCAAAAGCAUUCUCACAGGAUCUCUAGUCUCAUGGAAGAAGUCACAACAGUGCCAUUGGAGGGAUUCAAACACAUUGUCUGGACUUACAGUAUGCGUAGGCUUGCUGUCUUGGCUGGAAGAGCCCUUAAGUUUGGAGAACCAGUUUUGCUUGUUGGAGAAACAGGCUGUGGUAAGACCACCAUUUGCCAACUGUUUGCUGCUCUGUGGAAACAGCAGUUAUUUGCUGUUAACUGUCACAUGCAUUCUGAGUCUGCUGAUUUCCUUGGAGGUCUGAGACCUGUGAGACACAGAGGCCAGGAGGAACAGGAUGAGCAAGUUACCAAGCUGUUUGAGUGGUGUGAUGGACCUCUUGUACAAGCAAUGAAAGAUGGAGCAAUGUUCUUGGUAGAUGAGAUUUCUUUAGCUGAUGACUCAGUGUUGGAGAGACUCAACAGUGUGCUAGAACCUGAGAGGACUUUAGUUCUUGCUGAAAAAGGCAGUGAUGGUGGAGAUCCUGUUGGAGAAGAUGUUGCCAUGUUGGUUGCACACAAAGAUUUCAAAAUCAUAGGAACCAUGAAUCCUGGUGGAGAUUUUGGCAAGAAAGAGCUAUCUCCAGCCCUUAGGAACAGGUUCACUGAGAUUUGGUGCCCACCUUCAGAUGCCAGGGCAGACCUGGUACAGAUUAUAGAACACAACAUCAAGCCUGGAGUUGUUCUGAAAUCAGCCUGUCAAGGUACAUCAGGAAUUGGAGAAGCUAUGGUGGACUUCAUAGAAUGGUUUCAUAGCUCAGACUUUGGAAAGAGAUUUGUAGUGAGCAUCAGAGAUCUGUUGUCUUGGGUGAAUUUUAUAAAUACAUGCAGUUUCUCAACAACUCUGAAUGGUGCAGAUGAAAAUACAGGUGACAAAGUCUUACUCUCAUCAGCCUUAGCUUAUGUCCAUGGUGCCUGCCUUGUUUUUCUGGAUGCCUUGGGUGCAGGGUCCAAUAUCUUGGUUUCAUCAUCAUUAUCAACAUCAGCCACAAUUACAUCUGCAACAUCAAGUGGUGUAAAAGACGCGUACCAAACUUGCCUUGAAUUUCUGAAGAGACAGGUGGAACAAGACGAAGAGGAAAUGCAGUGUUGUGGAUAUCCUAACAAUGCACAAAUGAAAAAUAUCAAUGAAAGACCAGAUUUUUUUGGUAUAUGGCCAUUUUAUAUACAAAGAGGACCACAACCUCUACCAGAAGAUUUUGGUAGCACCUACACCCUCAGCUCACCAACAACUUCACAAAAUGCACAGCGUAUCUUGCGUGCCCUUCAGUUACCUCGCCCCAUUUUGUUGGAAGGGUCUCCUGGAGUUGGCAAAACGAGUCUUGUCCAUGCCAUUGCUAAGGCAUCUGGCCAUGAAUUGAUUAGAAUUAACCUUUCUGAGCAAACUGAUGUGACAGACUUAUUUGGAUGUGACUUGCCUGUUGAGGGUGGGGAAGCAGGACAGUUUGUAUGGAGGGAUGGUCCACUCUUGAAGGCACUGAAAGCAGGUUCCUGGAUUGUCCUGGAUGAGCUCAAUUUAGCAUCACAGUCUGUUCUUGAGGGACUCAAUGCAUGUCUGGACCACAGAGCAGAGGUUUAUAUCCCUGAGCUGGGAAUGACUUUCAAAGUCCAACCUGACCAGACAAGACUGUUUGCCUGUCAAAAUCCUUUAAACCAGGGAGGAGGAAGAAAAGGAUUGCCAAAGUCUUUCCUUAACAGGUUCACUCAGGUUUAUGUUGAGGCACUCUCCAAAGCAGACUUACUGUUCAUCACACAAGCUCUUUAUCCACAAAUAAAUCAGGACAUCUUGGAAAAGAUGGUGACAUUCAAUCAGCAGAUUCAUGAGGAGACUGUUGUGGAAGGACACUGGGGAAGGAAAGGUGGCCCGUGGGAACUUAACUUAAGAGAUGUGUUUAGGUGGUGUGAUUUGCUCAUAAAAUACCAGAAUUGUGGCACUUGGAACCCUGGUCAGUUUGUGCAUCUUAUUUACUGUGACAGAAUGAGGACGCUACAAGAUAAACAGAUGGUACUCAAGUUGUUUAAGUCCAUAUUUGAGAAUUCAAGGCAGAUUGAUAAGAUUGGUCCUGUGCAAAAAUCAUUUUACAUCACACCAGGCUAUGUUCAGGUUGGCCAUUCAUGGCUUCCAAGGUGUUCCUUAAUGAACCAGUCACCAAAUGGUGGAAGGCCCUUACAAUUGCUUCAUCAUUGUCUGCCAGCCAUGGAGUCACUCAUGACCUGUCUAGACAUGAACUGGAUGGCUGUACUGGUUGGUCCAAGAUCUUGUGGAAAGACAUCCCUAGUCCAUCUAGUUGCCCAGCUGACAGGAAAUAGACUUGAAGUGAUGGCCAUGAAUAGUGCCAUGGACACCACUGAACUUCUGGGGGGAUUUGAACAGGCUGAUCUCGACAGACAUUUGAGAGAUAUCAUAGAUGAAACCAAGCGGCUUAUCCCUACCAUAAUAAAAGAGAUUUUGAUCUGCAAUGAUCAGAUGAGUACAUGUUUGCAAGAAAUAUUGUCUCUGUAUAAGCUGUCGUCAUCCUUCUCAAGUAAUGACUCUGAAGUUUCUGAAGAUGAAAACACUGCAAUGCUAUCUCACAAGAGACUGGAUGACUUGCAACAUCUCCUUACAAAAGUCAAGGAGAUCUGUGAUAACUAUGAAUUUGAUUCUUUGGAUGCAGUUAACAUCAUGGAGAUGGUUCAGUCCUUACAAAAGAAACUCAGAGCCAACAAGGACAGUUCCCACUGUGGUGGGCAGUUUGAAUGGGUUGAUGGACAACUUGUGGAAGCCCUCAAGUCUGGUUACUGGCUUCUGAUAGACAAUGUUAACUUCUGCAGUCCAUCUGUCCUGGACAGACUGAAUGCUCUGUUGGAACCUGGAGGUGUCUUAACCAUCGAUGAAAGAGGGGUUAUUGAUGGCCAAAUCCCCUCCAUCAAGCCACAUCCCAAUUUCAGGUUGAUUCUUGCCAUGGAUCCAAGAUAUGGUGAGAUCUCAAGAGCAAUGCGCAAUAGAGGAGUGGAAAUUUUCAUGUUGGGAGAGGAGGAUGAUGAGAAAUAUGAUGACUGUGAUUACCAAAUGAUGCUUAAUGGCCUUGGUAUUGAAGACAAAAGAAUAUGUGAUUGUCUUGUAGCUUUUCACAGAGACAAAGGAGGUUCUUUCUUGGAUAUGCUUCAUGCAGCCUCACUAACAAAGCAACUCCUUCAGGGAGGAAGUGAAGAAUUAUCUGCUGUUGCAACUUCUCUGAAUCAAGUUUACGCCAGAAAUCAAACUUCUGUGCAAAACAAACAGGAUGUCAAAGACCUUAUUGGCAAGCACACUAAAAAUUUGGGAAGUGCCGUCCAUUUUGAAUCUACUAUACUGCACUUUCCAUCGGCCCAAGAAUAUCAUGCAAACUCUGUUGUGUCAACAAUCAAACAACAGUCCUUGCCAUUGUUGCACAUUCUCCAGAAUGGCACAUCUGUGCAUCAGCUGGAGUCUGCUGUGCUGUUGUUUUUGGAAAGAGCAUCACAUUAUGACUGGACGUCUAGGCUGGGUUAUUUGCAGUCAGUGGUGGAUGUGCUUUGUGCUAAGAAGUUAUGUUCCCAUCAUCUAGGAGAUGUUGCCUCACUCUUGAAAUCUUACCUUAAGAGUUUUGGUGUAAUUUUUAGCAGUCAACUUAUGGAUAAACUCAGAAUUGGGUUCAACGAUAUCCAGUCCACACGAUUUGAUUUCCGCAUGCUUGAACAUCUCCCUUAUGACCUAAGACAGAACACAGAUCUUUUCAAUCAUCUGAGACAGUUUCCAGUUAAUACUGCACCAUUGGAAAGGGCUUCAGGCUUGGCAAACAGGUUGUCUCUGUUGGAAGCUAAAGCCAGACAGUGUUAUUCUUUUGAAGGAAAGAUUCAUUCAUCUGGAACUUUACAGAGCGGGAAUUUGAUUCAGCUUUGUAACGCUUUUCAUGCUGGUCAGUUGCCGUUAGAAUCGCUUCCUCACCCAGUUGUGGUACAUCUGUUACCCUUCUUUAAAUUGCUGGGCUCUGUUAUGGACAGUUGUAUCCAUCAAGGAGAAACCUUCAGUGACAGCAACUACUGGAUGGUGGUGGAAGGACUUACUUGGUUGGACAGGCUGUGGACCAUGUGCGAGAAACAAACCAGACAGAAUUUCUCACUCUCGUUUCUCUCCCUUCAUUGGACCUGGGUUGAACAGUACACAUUACACUCUGUUCAAACAGCAUUUGACAAAUUUACUGACAGAGAAUUACCAGAAGAGCUUGUUACAGUUGUAAAUCACCUGCAAACGGUUCUAGCCACAGACAGGAGAGUGACUGAAGCCUACUUGCGAAUCCUGGUUGCUUUUGGGCAUCCUGCACCAUUUAAAUCAAGAAGUGCCUUUAUGGUCUGGGAAAAAACGCAAAGUCUUUGUGAACGGUUUGACAAUUACUGCAACAGAUCAUGGAAUCGUCGGUUUGAAGAGGAGCAGCAAAGCUGCAAAAAUGCAGAACUGAAAGGCAAGCUGGCAGAGGUUUUGAAAAUAAUGCUGGACAACACGAUGAAUUUUAGUGAAGAAGAAUAUUCACAAUGUGACUCAAUCCUUUCCAGUGUGGAAGAGACAACUAGCAGAAACCUGGAAUCUACACAAGAGAUAAUGACGUCAGAUGACAACUCCUCUGAGCCAGAUCAAGAAACGAGCGUCAAUAUAAGAAUGAAUGAUGUGGCACUAAAAAAAAUUAUGUCGCUCAUGUUUGGGGAUGUUUGUUCUUUGCAAGAAGGUCGUGUCCUAGGGUCUUUGAUGCUGGCGCUGGUAAAUCAAAUGGCUAGAGGGGCAACUUCCUUGGACAGCGGAGCCGUAAGAGAUGAGAUAGAGGCACUCACAACAUAUCAUUUGAAAAAGAGAAUAAGAGAUCCAGUAAUACAGGCGAUAUUUUGUCACUUGGGAGGUACUCUGAGCAAGGGAAACAACUUAAACUCACAUUUCUCGUCCAUCUUCCGCCUGGUGGAGUCUGAAAUACUCACAGAGUGCUUCAUGUUGGAGAGCCGUAAGCUUUGGGUGCAGGGUAACGAAGGCAAAGAAUCAAAUGUUUUCUCUGUUUUGGGCGGAGCACGACAUCUUUUGGAUAGCGUGUCAUCACGGAAGUUAGUUGAAGAGGGACAUGGCAGCUCUCUCACUUCUUUGACAAUUCGCAACUACGACGAAAACCUCAAACACUUGGAAAUAUUAUCAUCACACUUUUGGGUCAAUGGUGACUUGCUUAAUUCCCACAAUGAAGUGGAUCGGAAUUCAAGUAUAAAGUUGUUCAUCGCCAAAUGGUUUCAAGUUCUUUUGUCAGUCAAAGAAUCCCUCUUUCAAAGUAGAGAUAUGGGGAUCGCUAGUGUCAUUAACAGAAUAUUACCAAGUGUCUAUGAAGAAGAUAAUCUUUUGCAUGGCAUUAACUCUGUGGUAGAUGUUUUGAAGGAAGUUGUGCAAAUUGUUUCCAAUGCUUACAAACACUGCACUGGCAACGUUAAACAAGCAGAUUCGAUGUGUAAUCUUCUGACUGCGUGUCUCGAAGGAGUUUCUCGGCUUCCAGAAGAAGCUCGGGCAAAUAACACAGACAUGUUUUGGGACUCCAUUUGCCUUGGUGACAUGUGGACUAAACUUGGCUUGGUUCAGUCAUUGAUUCUGUCUCCUGUCGGACCCGUGGAUCCUGUUGAGAAAACUAGGAUUGAACUUGAUUACGUUAAUAGCGAGAUUCAAAGAAUCGAAGAGGAGUUAAAAGUGAGAUAUUAUGCAGAGGAAAUAUGGAGAGGAGUGAAGACUUCUGUUGAUGAUUUGGAAGCUCUUGUUUGUGAGGAACACAGGAGUGAAUCACAAUUAACAUCUAAUCCAGUACGGGUGGGGCGAUUGUUAACUAAACUUAAAAAUCUCAGAGUGAAAGCGGAGAACCUGAGUAAGAAUGCCGCCAUCAGACCAGACAUCUCGCAGUUUGAUGCUAUUCUUGAUGAAGUGAAACACUUCCUGCACACUGUUGGUGAGAUUAACACUGUUACAGACCUAACAACAUCUAUGAGAGAGCUAGCAUCACAGCUUUAUGACUCACCGAAGAAAGGUGUUAAUGGAAACGUUUUGGCCAAUUCUGUCACCUCAGCUGUUCAUAAGGCAAAAGCUUGGUAUACUUCUGUGGAAAGGGUUAUCCAAAAGCUGAGGAAGGACUAUCCACUGUACUGUGAUAUUUUAGGACCCUUUAUUGCUGGUGUAUCUCAGGUCAUGUAUGGUGUGUCCCUGAUGUCAUCAAACUUAUCAACAUUGUUUCAAUACUACUUAUUUCGGGCUCAGCUUACAGUGGGUACAAAUAUGCAGUGUAGUGGACCGGAUGUGAUAUUGUCAUUUUGUGAGUUUCCUUUGUCAAGUUCCUUGUCCUGUUUGGAUGCUGCAGUUUCUUUAAUGUCCCCUUCUGUCGAUGCUUGCAUACAAGGCUUGGUUAAAUAUCUUCAAGUUCGUGAAACAGCGGCUCGAACAUCUGCAUUUCUUUCCUUCAGGGCAUUACGGCUAUCAGUUCUCCAUCUGCGUAACCACUCCAUACAACAUGGCUUCCUCGAUGAAAAACUUUACCAAGCAGUGAUUACAAUUCUGGAGAUUUUCCUAAACAAGUGGAAAAUCUUCAAAGAGGAAGAACGGCAGCGAGAGGAAGAGGAAGGAAGUUUGUUCAAAUUCAAGAACAAAACACACGGCGUGAGUCUCAGUGACGAUGAGGAGAAUAAAAGAGCCAUAAGCAAGGCGUUCCCACGUUUUGAUGACGACUUCAAGGAUUUUAUGGCUCCCCAGGAUUUGAACGAGAAUACUUUUGUCCCUCAGGAUGAAAAUGCUUCAUCUUCGUGUGUAGUUAAGUCGGAUGCUGAACUAUUUAUGGAGAACGUUCCUGAUUUCUCAGAAUUGAGGAGGCUGCAUGAAGAAACUUUUUGUCGGCUUCGACCUAGUCGAGAUUUCGCUUUACAUGAAGCAGACUGUUACCGACCAAAUGACUCCAUGGAGUCGCUGUAUUUGGAAGCCUUCAAGUGGGGUUACGAAACAGCGUCAGUGAUGAAUGCUCUUAUACCAUGGUCGCAUGCGGACAUGAAAACAUCUCGAUCACAUCUCUUGCAAAGUUCCUUUUUGAAGGGUCAGUUCCAGUCAGACAGGACAGUGAAGCAAGAAAUGCUAUAUCAGAAAGGUUUGAGUGACAAAAAACCUUUUGAUAUCUACCAUGACUCAAACAUUCAAGAGGUUGUAAGAGUGAAACCAAUUCUUGCGGAUUUUGCUGCUCGUGUUCACGAGCUGUUGGCAGAAUGGCCUCGGCAUCCUGCUCUAAUGCAGCUUUUGGUUGUGAUAGAAAGGAUAUUGUCUUUUCCCGUGACCAGUCCAGUGAUGAAGAUUUUGACUGGCCUUGAAGUUUUACUAAGAAAAGCCCAGGACUGGGAAUCAAAUGCUGCAAAACAUGUCAGCCUAAGAGACCAUUUGGAUAAUGUGACGCAUCUGAUCAUUCAGUGGAGAAAAAUGGAACUCAAGUGCUGGUCAACACUUCUAGAUGUGACCACUUUAAAUUCAGCGGCAAAAGCCAGUCAAUGGUGGUUUCACAUUUAUAGUUCUUUGGUGCAGUUUAGGAUGACUGAGUAUGCGCAGGAACCUAGAGAGGGUUUUCCUGAUGGCAGUGAGGUAAUCGAACCUUUACAAAGAUUUAUCGAAAGCUCAACACUUGGAGAGUUUGCUUCCCGGUUACAAAUGCUGUUUGCAUUUUACAAACAAAUGUGCUACGAAGAGGCGAGCCCUGGAGAAGCUAAAGUAUCAGAUGUGCUAUGGAACUUGUUCUGUUAUUACAAGCAGUUUAUUCCUUCUGUUGAGCAAUCUCUACAAGAAAUGAGGAAACCUAUUGAAAAAGAUCUGAAGGAUUUUGUGAAAAUUGCCAAGUGGAAUGACUCCAACUUCUGGGCAAUGAAACAAGCUGCUGACAAGUCUCAUCACACAUUGCACAAAUUUGUGCGCAGAUACGAGGCCUCUCUAAAUGAGCCAGUCUCCAAGACCUUGACAAAUGUGGAGAAAGCUCUUUCUCCUUCUGAAAAUAAAGAGAAUUACACAAAUGAAAGAAAAAGUGUACAAGCAGAGUGGUUCAUAUCAUCAGAAGCAUUGAAGGCACACUGUAACAGAAGUCUUCAAUUUAUAUCAACGCACGAGAAAUGGAGAUUGUGUCUUCCAUCAAAUCAGAAUCGUCUUACAAAACUCUUUCAAAAAAUGAGACAGUUGUCACACCAGAUUAUCAGUCGACAAGAGUAUGAGCCACUAGUGACGUGCUUGGAUGACUUUACAGCUGAAGUCAUAACCACUUCAAAAGAGCUGCAAGCUUUGGAUGUGUCCAGUCAGCCAAAAGAGAAACAAACAGAUCUGCGGAAACAUAUUCAGCAACGGAAACGUAAAAGUUUGUCAGACCUGUUCAAGAUAUUGGCAUUGCUUGGCGUGUCUUAUCGUAAGGGGCUCAAUCUCGAGCGCCAGUCCACGGGAAAAGAGGCCAUGUUGGUUGCUGCAGUUGAGGAAGAGGCUGUAACAAGAUCAGUCGAGCUGCUUUCUGACAGGUCACCUGACUUGCUACAUAAUGUGAGGCAGCUCUUGGAGGGCUGUUGUCGUUAUUACUAUAAGUCACUUGCAAGGUCUUCUGCCUUAACUGCAGCCAUGGUAACGCCGUCAAAGGAGCUCAGUGUUGGUGACAUCGAUCGUUGUAAAGGUUGUAGUAACCAUUUACUUCAUGUUUGUUAUGAACAAAGACAGGUCAUCUCGCAGUUAUCGAGAAACAUUAGACGUACAAGUGUUGGUUUGAGGCAGUUGAGAGAAUCUGUCACAUCACCAGAUGAAGAUGCCACCAGCGGAAUCGCGAGCCUUCCACCUCAGAAGGACCUUGAAAAGCACACUAUUCAAGUGAUGGAUCUUCUCACUAACACGGCCCAUGUUCUACAGCAAAUGUCCAUAUUGCUGAAAUGUUGUCCCAAUGAAAAAACGCCACUUCACAAUUGGACUCCAUUGCCACAAGCAAUGCUUUCGUCUGUGGCAGUUUCGUCUGCAGAAGAUCCUGACAUUAAGGAGAUGAUUCAAACGUUGGAGAACACUGUGACGAGGUUGCACCAAGUGGCCAAUGAAGUCCGGCCCUAUGCUGCUCUAUCUGAUCACGUGUUGAACAAUACAAGCGGGAAUGACAGGACAGCAACCAUAGCAUCUUGGCUACAGAACAAAGUAACAAGGGACGCUUUCUUCAAGCUGAAAGGAACAGCAGACUUGAUUGAUGAAAUGUUGCCAAAGUUUAAAUCAAAGUGUUGUUCAGUUAACAAAGGCCUUGGUGGCCCACUAGUCCGCCUCAAAGACGAGAUCUUAGAGAAAUUUAACGAUUUCCAUUCAUGGAGUACGGCUGUGUCUGGGAAGGAGGAGAUUCAGACACCCUGGAGUGAUGAAAACAUUGAUGACCAAGGAGUGGCGACUCUGAAUGCAUUUAUCAGCGAUGUGGACGCCCUGAACACCUCGCUUCUUCUGGCAGUUCAGCGUUUGGCUAAGGUAACAGAAAAUAGCACCCAAGAAAGAAACGAAGAAGGUGAAGGUAGCAAAAAGAACACAGCUGAUCAAGAUGGCAGUGAGAACUUACAGCUUCAAGAUGGACAUUUGGCAACUCGUUUACAUCAGAACUUACUCAACGACAUCAGCAGGCUCAAAUUAAACGGCGUGACGAGGAGCAUUUCUUCACUUCUGUCCCAGGUCAAAAACAUGACUGAUUCCUCAUGGUCUUCUUCUAACAUGUCAGUUCAAUUUUCACUCAGUGGUUUUUGCGCUCAUUUACUGGAAGGCUCCAUCCCCCUACUCCAUCAAUACCUGAACCUCUCACAAAAUCUUCUCAUCAAUUUACUGGAAGCUCACCGCGCAACCAGCAAACUGUUGUCUGUGUUGCUGAGUAUCUUCACCGAUCUCGGCACAAGAGGAUUCUGUGUCCCCCCGGAAAUAGAGGAGGGUGAAGGCGACGGGUCUACAGAGUUUGAAGACAUUGAAGGGGGAGGCAUUGGAGAAGGAGAGGGAAUGAAAGAUGUCAGUGACCAGAUAGAGAAUGAGGAUCAGCUUGAAGAUGCUAAGCAAGAAGGACAAGACCAAGAAAAGAAAGAAGACGACUCCCAACAACAAAUACCUGACGAAGAAAAUGGUAUUGAAAUGAGUGAGAACUUUGAGGGGGCUUUACAUGACGUGGAAGCUGGAAAGGAAGAGGACGAGGAGAACGAGGAAGGGAAUGGGGACGAGGAUGACGUUGAUAAACAGAUGGGAGAGGUUGAUGGACAAGACACUGAAAAACUGGACGAGAAGAUCUGGGGAGACUCAGAUGACGAGGAGGAAAAAGAGGAACACGAGAUGAAGGAAGAGAAGGGAACAGGAGCUGAAGCCGAAUCUCAGUCACAAUUGGUCGCUAAGGAAGACAACAAAGGCUCUACAAAUGAAAGAAAAGAGCAAACAGAGGGACAACCUGAUGCUGAUGAAGAACAAAGUGACGAAAAUAUCAAUGAAGCCUUGCAAGGUGAAGAGGGAAACUUGAGUGACGAGGGGGAGGAUGAACAGGAAGGUACUGGACAGCAAGGUAAAGAAGAAGAGCCUGUUGAUGCAGAGGAAUCUUCUAAAUUAGAGCUGCCUGAUGAUCUGCAGCUUGACGAUGAAGGGAACGAAGGCGAAGGAGACCAACCAGAAGAAAUGGAAACUGAUGAAUUUGAAGGAGACCAAAUUGACACCGAAGAAACUGGAGACAAAACAACGGCACCAGAUGAUGAACAAAUGGAUACCGGCAACGAUGAAGAGGAAGGGGAAGAACUGGGUGAUGAAGAAGACGUGGAGGGGACUGAGGAUGAUAAGAAACAAGAUGUAGGAGAGGGUCCCGAGCAGGAUGAAGAUGCUAUUGAUGAGACUGACCAGGAGGACUGGAGGACAAAAACAGAUACUGAGCCUCAAGAAAAUGUCCAGGCUGUGGAGGAUUCUGGAGAAGGAGAUGGGAAUGGAGAACAAAGUGACGUUACUGCUGGCCAAUCUGAAUCGACAGAAGGUAAUGAGGAGCGUGGAGUGGGGCGAGCUGAGGCACUUGAUGACGGACACCUCGGAGAGUCAAGCCAAAGGAUCGCUCAAACCACAACAGAUGCCAGACAACAGUCUCGGCAAAGAAAGCAGAUGAACCUUGCCAGGUCUGACCGGGCACUGGGUUCCAUGGAUGAAAUAACUCACAAGAGACUGAAGACUGUUGAUGAAACAGAGUUGGAGCCUGGAGCAGAGGUAAAUGAGACGAGAACUGAAGAUCUGUUCCAACAUAUGCGAAACGAUGAUCCAAGUUCACAUGACGCACAGACUCUUGACAGUGCAACCGCUGAUCAAGCCGAAACGCAAGAUAAAGCAAACUUUCCCGAGAUGCACAGUGACGGUGAAGACGACGAAGGGGACUCAAAAACGGAAACAGCUUUGCUCUACGAUAACGAGGAACUUCCCACACCAGAUAAGUCCCAGCCGUCCCGACUUCCUCCACCAAUGAAACCCAAGCUGACAGCGGAUAAUGAAGAUGGAAACGAGGCGCGCGAAAGUGAGGCUGUCGAGGAAGCCAUGGAAACCAAUGAUGAUGAAGGAAUGACAGCUGAGCGUCUGCGCAGUACCUACCAUUCAUCCGACAUGGCACUGGCCUUUGGAAGAUUGGAUAUAUCAUCACUGGAUCCUGAGAAGGUGAGAGCUGAUCUGGAACAUCAGUUAGCAGAAUGGAGCAGCAUGGACCGAGGCACGGCCGAGCAGCAGCAAAUGGCUCAAGAGGCCUGGCGCAAGUACGAGCUUCUCACGUCCAAUCUGUCUCAGGAUCUUUGCGAACAGUUGAGACUGGUCUUAGAACCGUCACUGGCCACCAAGCUUAAGGGCGAUUAUCGAUCAGGAAAACGGUUAAACAUGAGGAAAGUGAUCCCUUACAUUGCUAGUCAGUUCCGUAAGGACAAAAUCUGGCUGAGGAGGACGAAGCCGAGUAAGAGACAGUACCAGAUCAUGCUGGCUGUGGAUGACUCUUCCAGCAUGAAUGACAAUCGCUCUAAACAGCUGGCGUUUGAGUCGUUAGCUGUCAUCAGCAAUGCUUUAACCAGACUUGAAGCUGGGGAUUUGGGUGUUUGUAGUUUUGGGGAAACUGUCUGCCUCUUGCAUCCAUUCCACGAACCCUUCACAGAUAACUCAGGAGCUAGAAUUCUACAGCAGUUCACUUUUGAUCAGAAGAAAACCAAGAUAGCCGAACUGUUAAGUACGUGUACAAGUUUAAUGGUGGCGUCACAUUCACGGUUACAAGUGUCUCCCCGGAUGAGAAGAGAAACGAGCCAGUUAUUGCUAAUUGUGUCUGACGGCAGAGGAAUAUUUCUGGAGGGGAUGGAGACUGUUCAAAAGGCUGUACGACUAGCAAGGGAGACAAAUAUCUUCAUGGUAUUUGUAAUACUUGACAACCCAGCUAACAAAGACUCAGUUCUUGACAUCAGAGUACCGAUUUUCCGUCCAGGAAAGUUACCCGAGAUCAAAUCCUACAUGGAACAAUUUCCUUUUCCAUUUUACAUCAUUCUAAGGGAUAUCAACGCAUUACCAGUGACCUUAAGUGACGCGCUGAGGCAAUGGUUCGAACUUGUGUCUAGUUUUGAUUGACAGCAAGGAGCGCUAAGCACUCGGCGAAACAGGCACAGGGAUAGAAAAGAAGGCUCUUCAAAUGCGCAGGGGAAACAACAACCGGACCAGAGAGAUGAGCAGAAGGAAUGAGUCACGAAUACGGGAGUUAGGCAGUGAUCCCGGUAAAGUUGCAUUUCUUAGAAACAAACCUUGACAGCAACCGCUGACAAGGUUUGCUAUUUGAGAUGUUCGUGGACCAAAUGAGCAGAGCUUCGUAAACGAUGGGAAGUUUGUGAGGUUCUUGAAGAUUGAAGUAAAUGAAAUGUUAAAGCUGUCUUUACCCAAAUUCGAUUUAAGAACAAAGAACAAUUUGAGUCAAAUAGUUUUUGCAGAUUAUACGGCUGAUAAAUUGUUAAGAACGAAGCUACAAGGUUACUGAAAUAUCUCGUUUAUCCUGUCUUCAGAGAAAGAAACUCACUGUUCACUUGGUAUUUGUCUUUCAUCAGGAAAAAGGUUGACCUUGAAAUAUUGUACUGUUAUUGAGCACCUUCUUCCCUCCCCCCCCCCCCACCUCCCAUUACUCAAGUACUUUCCUCUCUUCUAGACUUAAGUAUUAUGAGAUAAUCAACCACAGCCUACAACCAACGGUCCAGUGUAACUUCUUUUUUUUACAGCAGUUGACAACGUGACUUCUGAACCUUCUUCUAGCUAAACCUAGGAUCCGAUAAUGUAACGAUUUAUUCUCUUAAUCUCUUUUGUAUGAUAAUGACCAAAAUUCGACGCAGAAUCAUAAAACUACGUUGAAACUUGAAAUGUUUGUGGAUCUUAUAGGCAGAAGGUACUAACAAUACGCCACAAAAAUUUUCAGAACGUUGCAUGAUUCCAAUCUUUGGAGAAGUUGUCAUGAUACGAGCGUAUAUGACUACUUUUUCCUUAAUUUUAAGUACAAUUGCUAUGUAAAUUUAACAUUUAAACUGUCGUUUUAGAAUUUUGCUAAGUUCAUAAGUAGAUAAAUAAAUAAAUGUAUCUCAAAUUUUACCGUGAAGAUUGAGGGCUAGUAACACUGCUCUUUGUACGUGUACUUAAAGAUGGUAGCGUGAUACGACAUUGCAAGAUGUAACGCAACAAAAUCGCUCCGUUUGCUCUUAAAAAAAAAUUGUUAAUCUUAACUUAAGAUUCGUCUUUGACUUUUUUUAACUCCAGUGCUACUCGCUUGAUGUCUUCCAGUCCUUCUUCCAGUUGCGCUCCUAUCGUUCUCUCUUCAUGUUCUUCCUCUUUUUCAUGUUCGUCACCAUUCUUCACUGCAUUAUCUUCGUUGCCGGACAGUUGCUUUAUAACUAGUGUCAUGUAGUGGUUUAAUUUGUCGAAGUUUUCGGAUGUUAACUUAUCUUUGAGAAAGUUUAUUAUCUGAGGCACGCACCGACCUGGCGCAUGUACCAUGCAGUGAGUGUGGUGUUGGAAUAACACCGCUGAUGCUAGGUGAAGAGCCAUGGCAGGCUCGUUUUCUUGACGUAACUGUUCCUGAAGAGCGCAGCGACGCUCAACUGUCAACUGCCUUUAAAAUUCAAAUAUAAAUAAAAAAGGACGCCACAUCAGUAAUAACAUUUGAUAAGAACGGUGUUAGACAAAAGUUUCUUCAGAAAUUAUAUCAUGAUGAUAGAGGGAGGCUUUUAUUCCUGUUGGGCUAAAUUUGUUAUAAAGCUGGCUCUUGUUGAGGGAAAUGUAAUUGUUUGAACUGUGUAGGAAACACAGUAGCUCUCUGCUGCAUCUACAUGUAGAUAGCAUAAUAAUGGUAAUGUACAAACGCUAUAGAAAUAAUGUUAUUAUUAUUUUUAAAUGCCAAAUUCUUAUAACCAGAUUAAAGAAAAAUGUGUAGCAGUUAGAGGGAAGAAUGAAUGAUCAGAUCUUAGGCAAUUAUUGGAUGAAGUUGAGCAUGAUAUCAUGAAUUGUCAAUGCUAAGGUCUGAGCUAUCUGCUGUUGCCGAAGGAUGAAGCAGAUAAAAAAGACAUAGGGUUUGAUAAAUCAUUAUGUGAAAACUGA